UUCUUCUUUCUGGUAUGGUACCCAACCCAAACCCGCAACCCAUGAUCCGGCAGAGGGGUUUGUGACUUGUGUGGAUUCGAAACGCAGAAGAGAGGAGUUGGUGUUGGUUUCAAAUUAGUUUAGUAUUGCAAAGCUAAAAGCAAGUUGGUAGGGUAGCGUCAUGUGGAGGCUCUCACUCAGAUACCCAUUUCUCAACCCAGAUCAAAGAAGAAGACCCUUCAAAUCUAUUGGCAUUUGUAGCAUCACCAAUGCCAAAGAUAUCCAAGACAUUUCCUGGGAAAUCUCUAACUUUCUUGGACAUGAAAACUGGCGGUCUUUCAUGGCGUCCUCAGACAUACCCAUGAAGCUAAACCCAGAAGUUGUUCGGUUUGUUCUGCACCAAAACCAGGUGGGUGACCCCAAACGCCUCUUAGAUUUCUUCAACUGGUCCAAAUCCCAAAUGGGUAUUGCUCAGAAUUUAGAUUCUUUCUCUAUUCUUGCUGUUUUGUUAUGCAAUUCCAAUCUCCUUGGACCCGCUAGUAGGCUGUUACAGCAAAUGAUAAGAACACAUUCCGGGUCGUGUUUGUUGGUUUUCGAUUCGGUUCUUUGUUGCUUUAGAAAUAGAGGUUCUAAUCCUGUGGUGUUUGAUAUAUUGAUUGAUAGUUAUAAGAAGAUGGGCAUGUUGGGUGAUGCGGCAAAUGUUUUUUUGGGUGCCAAAAGCGGUCACAUUAUGCCCAGUUUGAGGUGUUGUAAUGCUUUAUUGAAAGAUUUGUUGAAAGGUAAUAUGAUGGAAUUGUUUUGGAAGGUUUAUAAUGGGAUGCGGGAUGCUAAGAUGGAGUUUGAUCUUUAUACUUAUACAAGUUUAGUUGGCGCACUAUGUAAGGCUGGGGAUAUAACGGGGGCCAAAAGGGUUCUUCAUGAAAUUAGGGAGAAGGGAUGUAGUCCUAAUUUGUUUAUCUACAAUGUGGUUAUUGAAGGAAUGUGCCGAGUUGGUGCAAUAGCUGAAGCUAUUGAGCUGAAAAAGUCAAUGUUUGAAAUGGGAUUAGUCCCAGAUACACAUACUUACAAUGUAAUUAUUAAUGGACUUUGCAAUGGGGGGAAAUUGAAAGAUGCAAAACUGAUGUUGGAAGAAAUGAAGCAGAGAGGUUUGAAGCUUAAUGAUUUCACAUACUUGGUUUUCAUUGAUCGUUUCUUGAGGGAAGGAAAUAUAGAUGAGGUUUUGCAACUUAAAAAUGAAAUGGUUUCUUGUGGUAUGCGUCUAAACAUUAGUACAUACAAUAUGCUUGUUCGUGGUGUUUGUAAGUACGGAAACACGGAGAAGUCCCUUGAAAUUGUUGAUGAGAUGAUCAGAAUGGGUUGCAAACCGAACUCCCAAACUUAUAGUUUGUUGAUUGAAGGGUUUUGUCAGGAGCAUAACAUAGGCAGGGCAUAUGAACUACUUUGUGAGAUGGAGACCAGGAGCGUGGUGCCCACAGUUGCCACAUACUGUACAAUUAUCCAUGAAAUGUGUCUUCAUAACAAUAUUGCACAAGCUAAUGGCAUCUUAGGGGAAAUGGUUGCAAAAGGCUUGAAGCCGAAUGCCAUGAUUUACAGAUCUCUUAUUAUGGGCUAUGUCCGUGAGGGGACAAUUGAAGAGGCAAGAAGGAUUUUGAAAGAAAUGAGUGAUAAAGGAGUUGCACCAGACAUAUUUUGCUACAACCAUAUAAUAACGUUUCUCAGCAGAGCUGGAAAGAUGGAAGAGGUAAAGGCAUGCUUCACUGAAAUUCUAGGAAGGGGUCUGACCCCAGAUGCUGUUACUUAUGGGGCUUUCAUCUGUGGAUUCAGUAGGGUAGGAAGAAUGCAGGAAGCAACCAAAUAUUUUAAUGAGAUGCUUGGUCAUGGUUUAAUUCCGAACAAUCUUGUUUACACCGUCUUGAUUGAUGGGCACUUCAAGGCAGGAAACGUUAUGGAAGCUUUUGCAACAUUUCGAUGCACACUUGCGCUGCGUGUGCUUCCAGAUGUGCAAACAUACAGUGUCUUUAUUAAUGGCCUCUUGAGGAGUGCGAAAAUUAAAGAGGCCAUUGAUGUAUUCUCUGAAAUGAAAAAAAAGGGUUUGGUUCCUGAUGUUGUCUGUUACAGCACUCUCAUCUCUGGGUUGUGCAAGCAAGGUGAGGUAGAGGAAGCUUUCCAGCUUUAUAAUGAAAUGCAAUGUGAAGGGGUGGAUCCAAAUAUUUUUAUCUUCAAUGCGUUGAUUGAUGGGCUGUGCAAGUCAGGUAAUAUUCAGAGAGCUAGAAAAUUGUUUGGUGGUGUCUCAGAAAGGAGUUUCAAACUUGACAAUGUAACCUACUCCACAAUGAUAGAUGGAUACUGCAAAUGUGGUAAUCUAAUGGAGGCAUUUUGUUUAUUUGAUGAGAUGCUGUCAAAGGGGGUUGGGCCGCAUAGUUAUGUCUAUAAUUCUCUUCUCUAUGGCUGUUGUAAGGAAGGAGAAAUGGAAAGGGCUCUGAAACUCUUCCGCGAAAUUGAGCAGAAGGGCUUUGCUACUACUCUUUCUUACAACACUUUAAUUGAUGGAUUCUGCAAGGCAAAUAAGCUGCAAGAAGCAAACCAAUUGUUGCAAGAAAUGAUUGAUAAAGAGAUAAAGCCUGAUCAUGUGACCUAUACAACUGUGAUUGACUGGCAUUCCAAGGCAGGGAAGAUGGAGGAGGCAAACAAGCUCUUCUUGGAGAUGCAGGGGAGAGAUAUAAUGCCAGAUGUUGUAACCUACACCUCACUUAUGUAUGGUUACAGAAAAUUGCAGAAAUUAUCUGAGGUUUUUACAUUGUUUGAAGGAAUGUUGGCAAAGGGUAUUGAGCCUGAUGAAUGCUGUUACAUCAUAAUGAUUGAUGCUCUUUGUAAGGAAAAUAAUUUGGUGGAAGCGUAUAAGUUGAGAGAUGAGAUCUUGGGUAAAGGUAUGUUGACAAGGGGAACUGUUUAUGAUUCACUUCUUGAUGCUCAUUGCAAGAAGGAAGAUCUUUCUGGAGCAUCUAAGCUAUUUGAUGAAAUAAGAGAGAAAGGGUUUAAGCCCAAUCUUAGUACAUGUAGCAAUUUGGUCCGUUCUUUCCAUCAGGCUGGCAGAAUUGAUGAAGCAACGCUGAUUUUGGAGGGUAUGAUCUGCUCCAGAUGGGUGCCAGAUGAUACUACUUUGAGUGACAUAGUGAUUGGGAACCUAAUUGAUCCAGAUUCUGAGGAUGCUGGUAAUCUUAUGAAGCAGAUAGCAUAGGAAGUUGAAGCAACAUGAUUGCUUAGCAAAGGGAAAGUGUAUCUUGCUAGCAGUGCUGCAAGUGCUGGUAAUAGCCAUGGCUACAGCUUUGGUAAUCUGGAUGGUGAAGCUACUCAGGAGUUCAAUUCCAUUUAUUGAUGCUUCAAAUUGUUGCACACUGCAGGUAUCACAGCUUUCUUCAAUUGGCAAUUUUGCCACUUUUUGUACCUUUGAUAGUAUUAUUUUCAAAACAGGAGGUGAGGUUGAUUGGAGGAAUGUGCUUCUUGAACAUUUCUAUAUAGUACUCAAAGGUAUUGGAACAAGUGGGGUUUUAGGUAGCUGAUGGAGGAGAACGUAAAUUGUGGAAAUAGGUGGAGGAAAGCUGACUUUGGACCGGGGCUGCCUGUUCAUAUAGUGUUCAUUAUAGGAAAAUUGGUGGCUGGGGAUUGAAAUUUACAAGGGGCAUACUGAUGGCGACAUGGCACUGCUUCAUGUGAGUACUCACUCAUUGAUUGUUGGGGUGAUCAUUGUGUUGGAAGGCAGAGAGUGGAGAAGCGUCCAUCUUGAAAGCAAUAGAAAAUAGAGCAGAAAGUUUGUUUUCAUAGUUGCAGAAGUAUACUCUGAUUUGAUCGUAGUGUAUGGACUCACGGUGCGUCAAAUGUGAGGAUGUGGAUCACCUGGCCCAGCAAGAUAAGUUUUCAAAGAACAAUUUGAAGUGAUUCCCACGCAAGACUUGGCCCCUUGAUGUGGAUGCUGGCACAAAAGGGGCACGCGUUUGGGCCCAGCUGGGUGCAAUUUUGAUGGGUCUGGGCAUGGCAGAUGUCAGACCGGUGACUCUGGUGGGCUACUUGGUGCACCCCCAAACACCCUUGCCAAAUUUGCUCUUAACCAAUAUCAAAACUUGGAUUUCUUUGAUAUCUCUCUUGUUGAUUGGUUUAAUGUUCACAUGGAAUUUUGUCCCACCAAUGGUGUCUGCACUAAAGGAAUAAGAUGUUCCGCUGUGCCGGACUCAGUUGAAAGCUCU